AGUUUUCCAGAAAGAAAACAGAGCAGGAGAGAGAGACUCUUGAGAACAGUGCGCCCACACAUGGCAGCUGUAUCCAGCCCAUUUCCCUCUCCCUCCUCCUUUAUAAACAUGUCUCAUAACUCUCUCUCCUCCACCACCGCCACCUCUUUCCAUUAUCCUCCACAGCCGCCGCCACCACCCAAAACAAAAUGUCACCACCCCUUUUCUUCUCACUCCUCUUCUUCUUGUUUUCUCUCUCUAACUCUGCUUCACCCACAACAACAGUUCAAACCCUUGACACACACCCACAGUACUACAACCCCAAGCUCCCUCCACGAACUCUCUCUUCAUCCAAGAAAUUCGAGGGUUCGUCAGACCUCAUAGACCUUCGCUACCACAUGGGUCCAGUCCUCUCCUCCCCGAUCAACAUCUACCUCAUCUGGUACGGCAAGUGGGCUCCACCCCACAAGCUCCUUAUCAAGGACUUCCUCCUCUCCCUCUCCACCGUCAACCACCGUGCCUCCCCCUCCCCCUCCGUCUCCGACUGGUGGCGCACCGCCUCCCUCUUCACUGACCAGACUGGCGCCAACGUCUCCCGUACCGUCCUCAUCGCCGGCGAGUACUCCGACCACCGAUACUCCAAUGGGACCCACCUCACUCGCCUCUCCAUCCAGCAGGUCAUCGCCACAGCCGUCCGAUCUGCACCCCUCCCCGUAGAUCACAAGAACGGGAUCUACCUUAUCUUAACCGCCGCGGACGUGACCGUACAGGAUUUCUGCCGAGCGGUGUGUGGGUUCCACUACUUCACCUUCCCAUCAAUGGUAGGGUACACCUUACCCUACGCGUGGGUUGGCAAUUCGGGUAAACAAUGCCCCGAAGUCUGUGCCUACCCGUUUGCGGUACCCGCUUACAUGGCGGGUGGUGGACCUGGUUCGCUUGUCCCACCGAAUUCCGAUGUGGGUGUGGACGGUAUGAUCAGCGUGAUCGGUCACGAGCUGGCUGAGCUGGCAACGAACCCUUUGAUCAACGCGUGGUACGCCGGCGAGGACCCCACGGCCCCAACGGAGAUCGGGGACUUGUGUGAGGGGUUAUACGGGUCGGGUGGCGGUGGCGGGUAUAUAGGGCAGGUGAUGAAGGAUAGAGAGGGGAGGACGUUUAAUAUGAAUGGUAGGAGGGGUAGAAAGUUUUUGGUACAGUGGAUUUGGAGCCCUAUUUUGAAAGCUUGUGCUGGUCCUAACGCCCUGGACUAACGCAUACACAUAUGUAUACAUAUACAUAUAUUUAUAUAUAUUGUAGUAUUCUUUUUAACAUUAA